UGUCCACCGGGGGGCGCUGUUUCAGACCCGCCCAUCUCCAUCACCCGGAAACACAAUCACUAAAGGGUCAUUUGGCGUCGCGCUUCCAACAUGGCGGUGAAUCUCACAGACCUCUCCCUGCCUCAAUUAGAGGGACUGAAAACCCAACUAGACCAGGAGAUUGAGUUCUUGACGUCUUCAAUAGGUCAGCUCAAAAUUGUCCAGACCAAGUAUGUUGAAGCAAAAGAUAGUUUGAAUGUCCUGAACAAGAAUAAUAAAGGAAAAGAAUUGCUCGUGCCACUUACCAGCUCUAUGUACGUCCCUGGAUCAUUAAAUGACGUGGACAAUGUUUUAGUGGAUGUGGGGACAGGAUACUAUGUCGAAAAGAAAGUGGAAGACUCAAAGACAUUCUUCAAACGCAAAAUAGACUUCCUCACAAAGCAGAUAGAGAAGAUUCAGCCAGCCCUGCAGGAAAAACAUGCCAUGAAACAAGCUGUGAUUGAAGUAAUGAACGUGAAGAUCCAGCAGCUACAACAGAGCCAGCAGUCAUCACAGAUGGUUGGAACCACCAAGGCUUAAUGGCAACACCUGUUUGAACUCUUCAUGAUUUGGGGGGAAUUUUUAAGUUUGUGUGUAAAAAAACAAAAGCAAAAAAAAACCCCCAACAACUUACAUCUGCUGUUGUAGGCCAAGAAAAUGCCCUCCUCUAAUCUAAUGAAGAUGUGUUAAAUACUGAAGAAUAAAGAAUUGUUUUUGUUUCUAUCUGAAGUAAGUGCACAAACCUUGUCACCAGUAAAUUAUAAGAAGGCCUAAGUCAUGGUAAAGCAAUCAUGUGUACUUGGUCAAUUUUAAAUUAAUUGAAUUGGGUGUCUGAUUAGUUUGCAUAAUUAAAGAGGUCGCUGUGCAUUCAA